AUGAACCUGAAACUUCUUUUUUGCCCUGGAUUCCUUCUGCUGCUUAUUGUCAGUCAAAACCAGGCAAGGGCCAGGCCCAUUUCCAGCUUACAGAGUCUGUCCAAACUGUUAGAUGAGGACCUCGAGCACCUCCUGGUCUCAGAAGAGAGAGACAAUGAGCAAGACAACAUGAUCCCAGGUGCCUUUGAUCAGCAGGACACUGAAUUCCAGUGGAUCCGAAACACCAGGGACCAGCCUGAGGGCACGUCCAAGGGUGAUAGUGCUGUCCAGAGGUUCUUCAGCAACCUCCUAAGUUUACCCCGUAGCUACCGAGGCAGAAACAAAAAGGGCCUCUCUAGGGGCUGUUUUGGUGUGAAGCUGGACAGAAUCGGGUCACUGAGUGGACUGGGAUGCUAA